CAGCAGAACUCCGCCCUGGAAGCGGCAGGGGCUUAGGCAGGGUCAGGGAAGGGGUGUCGCAAGUUGGAUCCUGGUUGGAACGGGCCCAACCGCACUGUUUACAUCCCCAGUGACUGAGAGCUGCAUAGAAAAGGUGCCAAUGAAGCUGCUAAUGGCAAUGAUGCUGGGUUUGAUGGCGAUGGUCGAUGGCCAAUUGUCAAAGAAUAAGGAUAGGAUGUGUGUCUACCAGGUGCUCUCCCAAGGGGAUGCUUUAUUCUGCAAGGGCAACCUUCAUGUGAUCUACCCAGAGAUAGGGGAUGUUGACUGCAUAUAUAUCCCUGAGUGCAAUGACUUCAGGCAGAAGAUUAGCAGUUGGGAUAGACCUUCCAUCAAAUACUCCCGGGCUAAUGAGAAUAAGAAGUACAUAUUGAUGAUGGUUGAUCCAGAUGCCCCCAGCAGGAAUUAUCCAAAAAAUCGCUACUGGAGACACUGGCUGAUAGCGAAUAUCAGUGGUACUAGCCUCAAGACUGGGAACAUACGUGGCUAUGAGCUGACUGGCUACAAGCCUCCUAACCCACCUCCAGAGACUGGUUUCCAUCGAUAUCAGUUCAUCCUGUUUGAGCAGCCAGAAAAAAGAAAACAGAUCACCCUGAGCUCCAAGGAAAAGGCUAACAGAGGUUCCUGGUCCAUCAGUGACUUCAUAAAGCAUUUCUGCCUGGGCACUUCUAUGGCUGCCAGUCAAUUCCUCACUCAGCACUACCGUGAUUUUUAGCAAGACCUACAAUCACCUGGAGAAAGUGUCAAAUGACCAGGGACAGAACCAGGCUUGGGCUGCUCCUUUCCAAGCUCUAUGUCAAAGGUACCAGCUCUUUGCCCAAUCACCCUUUCCCCCUGCAAGGUCAUCUCAAUAUUGGAGAACUUCAGGCUGUAGCCUCUAGGUUUGGAAUCCCUUUCACACUGCACAAAAUAAAUAAAAAUAACAUCCUCAAUUGCCUUCUAGUUUGAA